AUUUCAGUUGAUCUCCCUCGUAGUCUGACAAUUGCGUUUGACUAUUGUGCUGCGUGAUUCUAGUUUUUUUUUUGUAUAAGAAUCCUUGCAAACCUUUGUUUCUUGAGUAAGUUAACAUCAACCAGUCUCUCAGCUGAACGUGAAAUUAUAAUCUUAUUCUUUCACUGUACAAGAAAAGUUUAACGAUGGCAGAAGGUUCAAGUAUGGAGACUGGUAGAAUUGUCAAGAUGGAGGUUGAUUAUAGCAGCAACUGCGACACAAAAAUUCCAGAAUGCAAGAAACUUGCUAGAGAGGGCAAGCUACAUGACGCCCUUGAUCAAUUAUUAGCUCUAGAGAAGCUUACAAGAACAGGUGCUGACAUGAUAUCAACCUCUCGAGUUUUGGUUGCUAUUGUCGAGAUUUGUUUAGAAGCCAAGAACUGGGCUGCCCUUAAUGAACACAUAGUUCUACUUUCUAAACGACGUUCUCAGCUUAAACAAGCUGUCACUAAAAUGGUCCAGGAAUGCUGUACCUAUGUAGAUAAAACACCAAACAGAGAAACUAUGAUAAAACUUAUUGAAACCCUGCGUUCCGUCACUGAAGGGAAGAUCUACGUGGAAGUCGAGAGGGCUCGCUUGACUCAUCGCCUGGCAAAAUUAAAGGAAGAGGAUGGCGACGUAGCCGGAGCCGCAGCGGUAAUGCUGGAAUUGCAAGUAGAGACCUAUGGUAGCAUGUCCAGAAGGGAAAAGGCCUCUCUUAUCUUGGAACAAAUGCGGCUCUGUUUAGCCAAACAAGACUUCGUACGUACGCAGAUCAUCGCGAAGAAGAUCAAUAUAAAGUUUUUCGACGACGAGAACGACGAGGAGACGCAGGCAUUGAAAUUGAAAUACUACGACUUGAUGAUGGAACUGGCACGUCACGAAGGAUGGCACCUCGAACUGUGUCGACACAAUCGUGCCGUACUCGAAACACCAACGGUAAAGGGCGAUCCUAAGAAACGACACACCGCCCUGUCGCGCGCCGUUCUCUAUCUUGUGUUGGCUCCUCACGAACCGGAACAGGCGGAUUUAACUCAUAGACUACUCGCAGAUAAACUCCUGGACGAAAUACCCACGUACAAGGAACUGCUUCGAUUAUUCGUCAAUCCGGAACUAAUUAAAUGGUCCGGACUUUGUGAAAUUUAUGAACGGGAUCUAAGAGAUACUGAAGUAUUCUCAUCCACCACCGAGGAAGGCUCUAAAAGAUGGGCGGAUCUGCGCAACAGGGUCGUCGAGCAUAAUAUUCGAAUAAUGGCAAAAUACUACACGAAGAUCACGCUGACACGUAUGGCAGAGUUGCUGGACCUUCCCGUAGAAGAGACCGAAGCCUGCCUUUGCAAUCUGGUCGAGACUGGUGUGAUCAGUGCUCGUACCGAUAGACCAGCCGGUGUAGUACGUUUUACUGGUACUCAGGAACCGGCGGCUAUUUUGGAUACUUGGGCUGCCUCGCUCUCGAAGCUGAUGAGCCUGGUCAAUCAUACCACUCACUUGAUUCAUCAGGAAGAGAUGCUGGCCGUCGCGCAAUCCUAGUGCCGCAACACGGUCAAACGAGCAUUACACUUUGUUUUGUAACCACGGGGGUCGUCCGUCGUGCAUUAUCAUUUGUCGUAUUCAUGACAAAUUCGUGCGCUUUAAUAAUAAAACUUAUGAAACAUCUCAACGCUCGUUUUCAUCGAUGUCCAUUCGUACAUGUGUGCUACAAUUAUGCCGAUAACGAUGCUAAAUGAUGCAGCUUAUACAUUUUGUUCUCCUAGAUUCUGUCUUUUAUUACAAUAUAUACAAAACAUUACAAUA